AUGGCAUGUACAGGGGGCAUUGUUGCCUUCUACAUCGUGGGUGCGUUCUGCUUUGGACUUUUGCUGUACGUUCUCUGCGAAUUCCACAAGUCUGAACUCAUCGAGCGGGAAUUCGUCUGGCGUCACUGUCGCAAGAAGUUCUUGAAGAUGGUGGUGGAAGGCCUGAGGGACGACGAUCAGAGGCUUGAUCCAACCUCCGACCCUCCAAGGAGAGAGAGAGAGCUCGAGGCGAAGCGCGAUGUGCUUGUACUCCGUCAGAAGCUCAACCAGACGAUCGCGAGUCAUCGUGCUCAGCUAGCAGAUUUUGCUCGUGAGUUGGCGAAGUAG